AUGGCGUGCCUGGCGGCUGGCGCGCCCCAGAACUUCCUGCAGAAGGCCGCCGCCGGCAUAGAGGCGCGCCUGCCAGAGCUGGACUUCCCCCUGCCGCCCGACACGCGGCCAGCGGCCUGCCGGCGGAGCUUCGCGGAGGAAGGCCUGGGGGACAACGUGACGGUCUCCAUCAUAAUUCCUUACCUGCGAGAGAGCUGGGACCAUUUCCGGCCCACGAUGCGCAGCAUCCUGCACUUCACGCCCGACAGGCUGAUCGAGGAGUUCCUGCUGGUCUCAGACUCAAACCCGCCAGAGCUGACGUUCGAGCAGGAGCUCCGGGCCAUGAGCCACAAGGUCAAUGUAAUAAAGAAUGAGAAGAGACUAGGCCUCAUCGUGUCCAAGAUGAGAGCCGUGGCGCUGGCCCGUGGCUCUGUGCUGGUCUUCAUGGAGCCGCACUGCAUUGUGAACCGGCAGUGGCUGGAGCCACUGCUGGCAAGGCUGCGGGAAGCCCCGCACGCGCUCGUCCAGCCGACCCUGGACGUCAUUCCGAUGGACGACUUCGACCGGUACUUGGAGGGAGGGCGCGGCCAUUGGCGCUUCGAGUGGAACUUGAAUCUGAUCUACACGACGCCGCCCGAACCGUCAGAGCUGGGGCUCAAAGACGACGAUCCGGUGCCGUCCCCUGCCACCUCGGGGGGCAUCUUCGCCAUCAGACGCGACUGGUGGAACCGACUGGGGCUUUACGACCCAGAGAUGCUGGACCGGGUGGGCCACCUCUUCCGCGACCCAGACCACAGGCCCUACAAGGUCAAUCUGAAGACGGUCGUCCACAACUACGCCAGGCUUGCAAAGGUGUGGUUCGACGACUUCCUCCCGAACUUCUACAAGGUGAAGCCCGAUGCCAGGUGGAUGACGCUGGGGGACGUCGGCGGGCAGCAGCGACUGAGAGAGUCGCUGGGGUGUAAGGACAUGAAGUGGUAUUUGGCCCACGUUGACCCCGAGAUGGA